AUGGCGCAAACCUCACCUAUUCCCCGCGUCAGCCUCGGCACCCAAGGACUGGAGGUGUCCAAGCUGGGGUUCGGGUGCAUGGGCCUCACAGGCUCCUACAACUCCCCGGUCGAGGACGACGCCGGCGUCGCCGUCAUCACGCACGCCUUCAACCGCGGCGUCACCUUCUUCGACACCUCCGACGUCUACGGGCCCCACGCCAACGAGAUCCUCCUCGGCAAGGCGCUGAAGCAGCUGCCGCGGGAGCAGGUGCAGGUGGCCACCAAGUUUGGGAUUCAGCGGGAUGCCCAGGGCAAGAGCACCAUCUGCGGCCGCCCGGAGUACGUGCGCGCCUGCUGCGAGGCCAGCCUGCACCGCCUCGGCGUCCACCACAUCGACCUCUACUACCAGCACCGCAUCGACACCACCAUCCCCAUCGAGGACACGAUUGGUGAGCUCAAGAAGCUUGUGGAGGAGGGGAAGGUCAAGUACAUUGGGUUAUCGGAGGCGAGCCCGGACACCAUCAGGCGUGCUCACGCCGUGCACCCCAUCUCCGCCGUGCAGAUGGAGUGGUCUCUGUGGGCUCGCGACAUCGAGCCCGAGAUCGUGCCUCUCUGCAGGAGCUAG